UUCAUCUGUCCUGUGCUGCAGAGCUGAGCUCUAAGUAAUAAUCUGCAUCUGAACCAUGGAGGAAAUUUAUGUCAAUGUUGAAUACCCCAAGCAUAACAAUUCAAAACCUUCACCAGGUCACACAGGAACAAGCGGCUGUGAUAGGAGUUCCCAUUUAGGAAUUAUUAUCUGUCUGGGAAUGCUGAGUGUUUUCCUGCUGAUUGGACUCAUCACCCUCGGUGUUUACUAUCAUGUCUCAGCUACAAAUCUCUCUGCUGAGUCUAACAAGCUUUCUGCUAUAACUGAAGAGAGAGACCUUCUUAAGGCAAAUCUCUCUGCUGUGAGUAACAAGCUUUCCUCCAUGACUGAGGAGAGAGACCUUCUGCAGGCCAACCUCACUGAAACCACCAAAGAGCUGAAGAACCUUCAGAGUUUGUCCAAACAGAAGAAAGUGUGUCCUGAAGGAUGGAUCAUGUUCAGUCAUAGCUGUUAUGUAUUAUCUGAAAAGCUUGGUUCCUGGGAUGAAGGUAGAGACGACUGCAGAAGCAAAGGAGCAGAUCUGGUGGUGAUAGAAAGCCUUGAAGACAAGGCAUUUAUAUCUAGUUACAUUAAGGAAUAUGCUUGGAUUGGUUUGAAUGACAAGGAAGAGGAAGGAAAUUGGAAAUGGGUCGAUGGAACUCCACUGAAUCUAAAGAACUGGAUGGCAAAACAACCGGAUAACGGUGGUGGAAACCCAAAGUGGGGUGAAGAGGACUGCGUUCAAGUAGAAACUGAUGCAUCGUGGAAUGAUCUUUCAUGUUCAGCCUCUAUAAAAUGGAUCUGUGAAAAACAUACAACAGAAUAAUUCAUUGACCACUGUCUGACAUGUAUUUACUAAUUCAGCUGUGCCUUUUAUUUUAUCCUACAUGUCAUUUUCACUCCAUUUUAACUUCUUCUUUUUUUGUAGCUAAAAAUGUGCAACCUUUUAAAUCUAAAGUUAUGUUUAUGCCAGUAGAAAUACCAGAUACUUGUGGAAGUGUUGUGUGUUUUCCAAUAUCAUUUAAAAAAAAUCAAUCCCUUGUUAGGGAACAAAUAAAAAAUAAAGU